AUGAGCUGUACUCUCCAUGUUCCUGAAAUCAUUCUGACCCCCUUUGAAGUCUCAAAAGUAUAUGUUUAAGAAGGUUGGCUGGGAAUGAAAUCUUGAUUAUUUUCCCAGUAUGACAGUGUUUAACUUUUGGUGUGAAGAUAUUUCUUUGCGCACAACUAUAAGCAAUACCUGCAUGGGUAAAAAUAUUGGCCACCCUUAGCGGAAGAAGAAGAACAGACCAACAUAAAUAUUCUUGAAUUAAAUGUCAAAAUCCCAUAGAAAAUCGUAAAGUCAACUUGAUGAAAUCGAAGAGGACUUUGUCUAGAUACCAUGACAUUAGAGAACCAAGUCAAACAUAUCGCCUUUGACCUAACCAAGGAUUUUCAUGAAACGUAAAACUCUGCCGUUAUAGCCGUGAAUCACCGCGUGAAAGAAACUAUUUCAGUAACCCAUGGAAUUUUAUAUUCGCUAAUCUAUCCUUGUCAAUAACCAAUAUCGAAGUUUUAAAUAAAUGUUUAAAAAAUACAAAAACAUUAAAACUUGAAAUAAUUUUGAGAAAAACUCUUUUGACUUGCAUGUAUGGCAGACUCGCAGAAUUUAUUUAAAGGAGCACGAGAAAAUUGAUUAGCUGGCAGUAUCACAGCAAAAAAACUUCUUGGAAAUAAUCGUUGAAUUUGGUGAGUUAAGGUGGCUCCGUAAUUAAUACAAGAGCAUUUAACUGUGACAAAUUUUCCGUCAUAACUUUUUGGUUUUUAACGCGAUGGCUGCGAAACUUGGCAAAGAACAACAGAUAUCAAUCGGCAAUAACACAAAAUAUUCCGAUUUCACUGAUGGUAAAUAUUUCUUGAGAAAUUAGUGCUUAAAAGGACCCUACUGUUCAAAGAAAAUCGCGUCUAGUAAAAAAUUUUGCUGAUAUUUUUUACUGAAAUUUCUGGUAUCGGCUUUAAAGGAUAUAAUAAAUAUGCCAGAGGAAUUUCAGAAAAAUCGUUGGAGCAGAAGUCCGUAACUAAAAGUCGGUCAAAAUUCAGCUGUGAAAUUGUUUUGGAAUUUCAAAAAUAAAUUACUAUCAGGUAGAAGGAGCCACCAGUUUGAAUUUUCGGGACAAGUAAAUUCAACGCUUGCUAAUUCUUAAAACAAAAGCCGAUUGCCUAUCGUGCUAUUCUUUGAAAGGUACUUUUUAGUUUUAGAAGAACUAUAAAUUGCUCCAAACCUUGCUCUGAAGUAGAAUGACUUGUUCGUCGACAGUUUUAAAAUAUCCCUUGGCAGUUUUGGCUCAAACUCCUGCUGCAUACAUUUUGAUGUAUUGCCAUGCAUUUUCAACGACUUUUACUGCCGUUCGUUGCUUCCAACUCAGGAAAAAAGUGUUGAGAUUGGACGCUACCUCGUAUCAGAGCUCAGAAAGAACUGUCCAGCACCUUUGUUUAUGACUACAAAAUGAGCACGAGCGGCAGUUCUGCGUGGAAUUCGCACCUCACACAGGGGGGACGAACGACAAUGAUGACCAUGCUUGUGAUCCAAAUAACAUCACAGUGCAAAAUAAAAUUAUCGCAAAAAUACUGCCCGUUAAUAAAUUUACAACUCUGAAAUUUUUGUCACUCCUUCCUUCAAUGAAUGGGUAUUUUUUUCUUGAUUAUUAUGUUUUGCUCUGCAAUACAUGUUUAUACAGAUCGGUUCACGGACAUGGGCAUCAUUGUCACUCGUCCCCCCUGGCUGAGGUGCGAAUUCCUCGCAGAGCUGCCGCUCGUGCUCAUUUUCUGGUCAUAAACAAAGGUACUGGACAGUUCUAUCUGAGCUUCGAUACUAGGUAGCUUACAAUCCCAAUACGUUUUUCCUGAAUUGGAAACAACGUAAAGCACGAAAAGCCGUUGGGGAGGCUUUGCAAUACAUCAAAAUGUAUGUAGCAGGAGUUUGAACCAAAAUUGCCAAGGGAUAUUUUAAAAAUGUCGAGGAACAAGCCAUUCGAUGUCAGAGCAAAGUUUCGAGCAAUUUAUAGUGCUUCUAAAACUGAAAAGUACCUUUUAAAGAAUAGCACGAUAGGCAAUCGGCUUCUGUUUUCAGAAUUAGGAAACACACUGAAGUUGCUUGUCCCGAAAAUUGAAACUGGUGUCUCCUUCUUUCUGAUAGUAAUUUAUUUUUGAAAUUCCAAAACAAUUUCACAGCUGAAUUUUGACCGACUUUUAGUUACGGACUUCUGCUCCAACGAUUUUUCUGAAAUUCCUCUGGCAUAUUUAUCAUAUCAAUUAAAGCCGAUACCAGAAAUUUCAGUAAAAAAUAUCAGCAAAAUUUUUUACUAGACGCGAUUUUCUUUGAACAGUAGGGUCCUUUUAAGCGCUAAUCUCUCAAGAAAUAUUUACCAUCAAUGAAAUCGGAAUAUUUCGUAUUAUUGCCGAAUGAUAUCUGUUGUUAACUGCGAAGUUUCGCAGCCAUCGCGUUAAAAUCGAAAAAGUUAUGACGGAAAAUUUGUCACAGCUAAAUGCUCUUGGGUUAAUUGCGGAGCCACCUUAAUAACUCGAACUGACAUACGGGAAGCUUUCAGCUGCUGGUGACGUAGUAUCAACUAAAAUUACAUUUUUUGCCAAUUGAACAUGGUGAUAGAUAUCUUAGGUACUCCUUUUUUCUCUUCAUUCAAUUUAUCCUAUCUUUAUCCUAUGUUCAUCUGUCCUUCUUGUAGGAUAACACAAAUGACAGAACUGCAACUCCUUUUGCGCGGAGACUUUUAAGGGUAACUUCAUUAGCAGAUGAAUGGGGAUCAGCAAAGGGCGGUUUGUCUACUCUGAGCAGAGAACUAGCAAAACAUCUGGCACGUCAGCCUGGUGUAGCAGUAACCCUUCUUCUUCCAAAUUUUAGUGAAAAGGAGAAGCAGGAAGCUAACGACCACAAUGUACAUCUUGCUUUAUCAGACGACAUGACUGAAUUUGGUCCUUCUGAAGAUUUUGACAGUGAUGUUGUUGUAGGCCACGGUCAAAAGGUAGGAGCACCAGCUCAGGUCAUAGCGGAACAACACAGCUGCAAACGAAUUCACGUUGUACACACUGCCAGUGAAGAGCUUGCAAUGUUCAAGAAAAGAAAGAAAGCAAUAUCGGAAGGUGAGGAAAAGCAUGAUGCUGAAAUAGACCUAUGUAAGGAAGCUGAUAUUGUCGUGGCUAUUGGACCAAAGCUUACGGAAGCUCUCUCUGCCAGUCUGCGACCGUAUGGUAAAGAUCAAGACGUGCUAAAUAUUACACCUGGAAUUUUCCCAGAGUUCUUAAAGUUGAGUCAAGCCGUUGAGGAAAGAGAAAAGUUCCGCAUCUUAGUGUUUGGUCGUGGUGACUCGGAUGUUUUUGAACUAAAGGGAUACGAUAUAGCUGCUCAAGCUGUAGCAAGCUUAAAAGACAAAAGCUACCAUCUCUUAUUUGUCGGAGCACCAAAGGGGAACGAAGAGGAGGUAAAAGAGUACUUGGUUGACUGUGGCAUUUCUCCCACCCAGCUAACUGUGCGAGGCUUUGUUAAGAGUCGCGAGAAACUGGAACAACUCUUUUGUGAGGUGGAUCUGGCAAUUAUGCCGUCACGAACGGAAGGUUUUGGCCUCACCGCUCUCGAAGCACUUUCCGCAGGCCUACCUAUUUUGGUAAGUGAUAAUUCGGGGUUCGGACAAGCUAUUAAAAGCGUUAACUUUGGAUCGUCGUUUGUGGUGCAUUCUUGUGAUGCUGAAGAGUGGGGAAAAGCUAUCAGAAGUGUGAGAGAGAAACCAAGGCAAAUCCGGCUAAACGAAGCCCUCUGGCUGCGAAAGUUUUAUGACGAAAAGUAUGAAUGGGAGCCACAAUGUGAAAGGCUCGUAAGUCGAAUGCGUUGUUUUUUCGAGUAAACUGUACGUCAGCUAGAUUGGAAGGCUUUGUUGAAGACAGCAAUGAAUGAAAUCUGGUUAUGCAUGUCCAACUCUAAAUAGAAAACACCAUAAGGUCUAAGUUAUAUUGACAUUUUUCCUGUAACGUUUUUUGAGUCUAAAGCCCGGUUUCCAUAUGAUCGCUUGCACGAUCGCUGAGAAAAAAAAAUUCAGCGAUCGCAGCGAUCAUAGCGAUCAUAUGGAAACCACUCUCCAGC